UUGCUUGAAGAUGACGGGGACUUGGAGAGAUACCCUCUUUGUCUGGAGCGGUGAUAUCAUCAUCAUCAACAAUGAUCAGGAUGAUGAUGGCAUGCUGCAGUGGACGGGAUCGUGGGUGGGGUGUGAAGAAUGUCCGGAUGCUCGAAUGGCGGCGACUCCCAAUGCACAAGCUUUUCGAGCAUCGGACAUGAAGUUUCAAGUUUCCACAGUGCCUACUAGCAAGAAGAAGGAUAAGAAGAAGAAGAACGCCAAAGAGAGUCUCUCUUGUCUGGAUAUGACGGGUGGAUCGGGAUGGGAUUUGGGAGACGAAAAGGAAAAGGUCAGGCACAAAGAUCACACUCAUAUCAUUGCUUCCAAAGUGUCUUUGAGAGAUAGUCUGGUGGAACAAGACCGAGCCAACCAAUUGGUGGUAGCCAAGGGAACCAAUGACUUUGGUGGUUUCAUUUCGGCAGGAUACAUUCAACGAUCCCCGUCGAAAUCACGCCUUUCCUUGAUACUCGGGCGUCGGUAUCUCGAUCAAGGGGAUGCCAGAGCCAAGUUGUCAGAAGAGGAACUCUAUCAAAAGAUUGCCGCAAAUAAUAAUGACAAAGCAACGACAGGCGCCAUACCGGCUGCCCCUUGGAGAACAACCCUGAUGCAUGCCGAAAAGGUAUCUAACAGAGGCAAGCGAAAACGAUUGUCCAGUGAUGAGUCGAGUCCACUUCCACCCCUCAAAUUUGCAAGCCAAGACGACGCUGCAUUUCGACCGACACUUCAAUUCACCACCAACGAUCCAUCAGACAGUAAAAGCAGUCCACAAGGAACUCUCCAAGAACCGUCACUCUUGAUCGAUUCCACAGUUUGUUGGUUGGAACAAUGCCAUGGAUGUGGAAACCAGGCCCCCAACGAUAUGGCGUGUGUUCUUUCGUUGUCUUUGCAACCCAAUGAUUCUGCUGUCGACAAAAAUUUGAGUGACAGUAGUACCGAGAGUCUCUACUAUUGCAGUAGCGACUGUGCCAUGCAAAAGGGAGUGCCAGUACUCGCCAAGGCCAGUCAGGAAUGGGUCAAAGAGAACAACAAGGGACUGGUAGUCAUUCGGGGCAGACGGCAAGAUUCCUUUUGGCAGCAUCUUGGCCAGAAUGAAACAGCCAAACAGUUGCUAAGAGACCAUGGUUGGGUAAUGGACGACGACGACGACAACACAGAUCCGACGCUUGGUGCCAAAGGAGUCGAGUCUAGCUAGCUAUUGUACACAAGAGAACUCGACAACAAAACUUGUAUUUAUAGUUAGUUUGAUAUAGUCUCGUUUAACAUGCAAAAA